AUGAGCUUCUUUUCUGCCUCCUCUUCUCUGGUGAUGAUUGGAUUCCUUAAAGCAAUGCAGUAUUCAGUAUUGGUAAUCUUAUUGAUCUUGGUGGAACUGGGAUGUGCAGCUUUUAUAUUCUUUGACAAAAGCUGGAAAGACGAUAUUCCAACUGACAAAACUGGGGACUUUGAUAUGCUAUAUGAAUUUCUGGAUGAUAACUGGGAAAUUGUCAGAUGGGUUGCUCUUGGGGCUGUUAUUCUGGAGGCCCUGGUGUUCUUGUUAGCUCUUUUGGUAAGGGCUGCUAAUAGGCCAGCAGAGUAUGACAGUGAUGAUGAGUAUAUAGCUGGCCCAAGGCAACAAAUUCAGCAGCCAUUGAUCAACAGCAGAUCUGCAGUUCCAGCCGCAAGUGUACCUGUUGCUGGUACCCUUGAUAAUCGUCCCGGCAGAAAUGAUGCUUGGAGUACGCGAAUGAGGGAAAAGUAUGGGCUUGAUACUUCCAAGUUCACAUACAACCAGCAAACUGCCACACAGCCAGCCGAGGAAAGGAGUCGGUGCACCAUCAUGUGA